GUGGUGCGUUGGACAGACUUUUGUACCCAUAGUACUAAUCUGUAAAUUCUUCUCUUACCCCUUGGCUACUUCUGCUCUUUGGUUUCUUUCUCAAUCUAUUUUCUUACAAAUUGAAGAAAAAUGGCUACCAUAUCUGCUAUGACUCCAACCUCAUCAAUCACUCGUGCAAUUCUUGUGCAAAAGAGAUCAGCAGGGAUCUCACACUCGCCUGUUCUUGUUAUUGGUCAACUGCUUCCAGGCUUGCCAGCCAUGGCACUGAAGGGAAAAGUGAGAUGUGAGAAGCCAUUUGUGAAGGAAAACGGGUGUAACAAGGGCAUGACUGCAUCACUUUUCGCAGCCGUGGGUGCUGCAACCAUGUCAAGCCCAACCCUGGCUCUGGUGGACGAGAGAAUGAGCACUGAAGGAACAGGACUUCCCUUUGGUUUGAGCAACAACCUUCUUGGUUGGAUCCUGUUGGGUGUGUUCGGUCUGAUUUGGGCCUUCUACAUUGUUUACACUUCCACCCUGGAUGAGGAUGACGACUCAGGAUUGUCCCUUUAAAGCCAAAGUCAAUCCUAAUGCUGUUUGUCACAAUUCCCAUGUUGAAAGGAAUGUAAAAAAAUGCAGAGAGUUCGGCCAUUUUUUCUAUCUUUUGCAAAAUAAGUACCUUCGUUUGUGCAA